GGUCUAUCCUUCAAUCUAAUUACGACUACUAUUCUAAACAAUGUGUGGUAUAUUUGCUAUUUGCCAUCAUGGAUGCGCUGAGAAAUUCGAUUUGGAGAAGGCGAAGCAGUUAUCCAGCAGACAAGCUCAUCGUGGUCCGGAUUUUCGUGGGUCCUAUGUAGAUCCAUCCACUGGUGACAUACUUUGCCAUGAACGAUUGGCCAUUAUGGAUUUGGGAAUCACCCAACCUAUUGCUGGAAGUGUUCCAACACACCAGGUCAUUCACAAUGGCGAAAUCUACAACCAUUUAAGCUUGAGGAAAAACGAACUACAAGGGAAGCCUUUGCGCACACACUGUGACUCCGAGGUGAUUAUCUUCUUAUAUGAGAAGUACCGUGAUUCUAUCGGAACUAUGUGCAACAUGCUCGAUGGUGUAUUCGCAUUUGCACUUUGCCACGAUGGAGAAUUUCUGGCUGCAAGAGAUCCACUUGGAGUUAAGCAAAUGUACUAUGGGAUCGACAAACUUGGAAGAUAUUUUUUCAGCAACGAGAUGAAGACCUUUGAAGACAUCUGUGGACAAGACACUUUGGCCAUUUUUCCUCCUGGUCAUUACUUCCAACCCGACAAAGGAUUUGUGAGAUACUACCAGCCAGAGUGGUUCGACUAUCGCUUAGCCACCCACGAUGGCGAUCUCAAACUCAUCCAUGACACUCUAGUCAAUGCAGUUAUCAAGCGUCUCAUGUCCGACGCUCCACUCGGCAUUCUCUUAUCAGGAGGCCUGGAUUCUAGCCUGGUUAGCUCAAUUGCCGCUCGAGAAAUGAAGCGCCGUGGACUUCCUGUGCAUUCGUUCUCCAUAGGCGUUGACCAGGACUCUCCGGACAUUGUAGCAGCUAGAAAGGUUGCCGAGCACAUCGGCACGGAACAUCAUGAAUUUCAUUUCAGCGUCGAGGAAGGCAUCAAAAACCUACGUAACUUGAUUUGGCAUCUCGAAACCUAUGAUGUCACAUCCAUUCGUGCCUCCACUCCUAUGUACUUCCUUUCGGAACGGAUAAGGCAAAUGGGAAUCAAGGUGGUACUUUCUGGUGAGGGAGCCGAUGAAAUUUUUGGAGGUUAUCUCUAUUUCCAUAACGCCCCAAGCGAUGAGGAAUUCCAGAAGGAGACUGUUGACCGCGUUAUCCAUCUCUAUACAGCUGAUUGUCUUCGUGCGGAUAAGUCCACCAUGGCGCAUUCUGUAGAAGUUCGAGUCCCGUUUUUGGACAAGGAAUUUUUGGACGUUUCAAUCUUGACCGCACCGCGUUUCAAGCGUCCACAUGCUAUGAAUGGACGCGAUGUCGAGAAGUACAUUCUUCGGAAAGCGUUUGACGCAGAUACAUACCUUCCGCAUGAGAUUCUUUGGAGGCAGAAGGAGCAAUUCUCUGAUGGUGUAGGCUAUUCCUGGAUAGAUGAAUUGAUGUCGUACUGCGAGAAACAGAUAUCUGAUGAAGAAUUCUCCAAAGCAGCUGAGCUAUUUCCUCAUAACACACCAGCCAGCAAGGAAGCCUUCUACAUGAGAAAAACAUUCCAUGAGCUGUUCCCUAGUGACAAUGCUGCUAAGACCGUGCGAAGGUGGAUUCCCAAGUGGCAAGAGAAUCAGGAUCCAUCAGGUCGAGCCUCUCUCGUUCACAAGCAGUCCAUACAUCAAAUGGAGAAACUGACUGAAGUGAAUCGAAUGGAAACGAGACCUCAUCAUGCAUGAACCAAUGAAUUCAAAGAUCACUACCUCAAUAUCCAAACCUCAUUCAGAAGAACUCGAAUGUAAAAAUUGUAUCCACUCUCCUUCACCAUUUUGGCCU